UUAAAACAAUACUGAGCAAUAGCAUGCACAUAUAACCCAGUAUACAUCUAAGCAGGUUGUAUGUAUCAUACAAAUACAUUAUUACAUGGAUUUACAUUUCAUAAAUAGCACACUUAUUUCCCAUCAUCUGCACUGUGUUUGUAUAGUGAAGUCCACUGAAAAUGAAUAAAACUCCCAUUAUAGAAGUCAUCAGGUGAACCCAUACAAACAUUGAAAUUGGGUUUUGUUGCUGUAACAAUUUCUAAAGAGGCGUUUUCCUAACAUGAUUCUAAUGUAAGUGGCCACACUCCUCUUUCUGUCGAAAAAACGUCUUCAAAACUUUAUUUGCAGAUGUGUGUUGAAUUAAUCAAGUGGCUGUCUUCCAUAGUUACGGUAUUUUUAGUAGGAAAUGUCCUCUCUUGUGUAUUCCUCAGAUAGUGUUGCCGUCUGACCUGUAUUGACAAUGGAAACAUGUUAGGAAGGGAUCCAUCCCUUAAUGGUCCCAGAAAGAACACAAGGAAUUAUUAGGGCAAACCAAAUCUGUUUGAGUGUACAUAUAUGAACCCAGGGUUCUUCCCAAAAACUGCUUCUGAUUAGGAUUCUUCUCUACAGAGGAUUUGGAGAUAUACCAGGAAAUAUUUCACACACCAGAGAGCAUGCGGUCGCCCUACUUCCCGGCGAGGACGGUGCUUUUCCACAAGGAGCCAAAUGGUGUGACGUACCGAGUCCCUGCACUGCUCUACCUGUCCCACUCCAGGUCCUUCCUGGCCUUCUGUGAGGAGAGACUCAGCCCGUCUGACUCUCAGGCUCACCUGCUGGUCAUGAGGAAAGGCACUUUCUACAGAAACUAUGUGGAGUGGGAGGACAUGCGCGUCCUGGGCACUGCUUUCCUCACAGGUCACCGGUCCAUGAACCCGUGCCCGGUGUACGAUGAGUUCACAGGCACUCUCUUCUUGUUUUUCAUCGCUGUUCUGGGCCACACCUCCGAGUCCUAUCAGCUGGUGACUGGAAAGAAUGUGACCCGACUCUGCUACAUCUGCAGCACUGACGACGGAGACACCUGGACUGCUGUCACCGACCUGACCAAGAGAGUCAUAGGAGACACUAUUAAAGAAUGGGCCACAUUCGCUCUGGGCCCAGGCCACGGGAUCCAGUUGAAGUCAGGUCGCCUGCUCAUUCCUGCCUACGCUUACCACAUCGAGUGCAAAGAGUGCUUCGGACAGCUCUGCCAGAACACUCCCCACGCGUUCUGCUUCCACAGUGACACCCAUGGGAGAACCUGGCGAUUUGGGGAGGCGGUGCCCGGCCCAGAUAGCGUGGAGUGUCAGAUGGUGUCAGUGGAUGAAGAGGACGGGACCAAUGUGUUGUACUGUAAUGCUCGCAGCCCUCUGGGCUACAGGGUGCAGGCCCUCAGUCUGGAUGAUGGAGCGGUGUUUCAGGAGGGGCAGCUGGUGCGGCGGCUGGUGGAACCUCGAAAUGGUUGUCAUGGUAGUAUUGUUGGAUUUCCUGCCCCAUUACAUCUACGUCAAAGUCUUAACCGUCACUCACACCAGUCUGAGCACCGCUCCAGACACUGGACAUCCUGCAUGACCUACUCCAAUCCCAUCACCUCUGCUUCCACUAGCCCUUUGUCACCCACUCACAGUGCUCCUCCAGAUUUCCUCACCCCCACCUGGGUGGUAUACUCCCACCCAACCUGGACCACGGCACGCAGGGAUCUGGGCGUGUUCCUCAGCCUAUUUCCCCGUGAUCCAGACAGCUGGCGCGGCCCCUGGGUGAUCUACGAGGGCCCCAGUGCGUACUCUGACCUGGCUUAUCUGGAGCUGCCUCCCUCACCUGGGGCGCCACCUGCUGUGGCCUUCGCCUGCUUGUUUGAGUGUGGAGCCAAAACAGCCUACGAUGAAAUCUGCUUCGGCAUCUUCACCCUCUACGAGCUUAUUGAUAAUCUGCCUCGAGACAUGCAGCGGGUAAACGUCAAUGGUGAAUAUGAAAGACCACAGAAUCAGCUCUCAGAGGUCGGUCGGAGUCGUAGGCACGAUGCUCAGUGUGCACCCGGUCUCCAACCGGUGCCUCAUGUGAAGAAGACGAGGAAGAAGGGCAAGUUGACUGAGAUGUGCUGUGCGUCUUAAAAGCUUGUAGCAGUUAGUUUCUAACAAUAACUCCUUUCUACGGUAUACUCAGUAUGUCCAUCAUGUAUGAUAGAACACUGAACACACUAUUUACUAUAAGAUAUAAUGGAUCUUCUGUUGUGUUCUUCAGUUUGUCUUUUUGUUUUGAUGCUGAUCAUUUGUCAGUUGUGAUUUUGUAGAACGUUGUUUA